AUGAACAUAUUGCCCUCGCAAGGCACGUUGGCGUCAGUCGCGGGUCCCGUGCAUUUGGUGCCCGCGCACUCGGUGCCAGCGCACUCGCAACAUACGUCUCCACGUGUCGAGCAGGCUUCGCCUGCUCAACUAGUGGCCUCGACUAGCGCGGGUACGAGCGCCGGUGGUGUCGCUAGCGCUGCUGGUGCAGCUGCCACCGCACCGGUGCAACCCAUAGUACAGGUACAGGCUCAACCACAACUUCCGGCAGACCCGGUGACACAAUCGACCGCAGAAACGUGGUUGUCCAUUGCGUCGCUGGCAGAGACUUUGGGGGAUGCCGAUCGCGCGGCAAUGGCGUACGACGCCACGCUGCAGUACAAUCCAUCCUCGACUAAAGCCCUCACGUCACUGGCGCACCUGUAUCGGUCGCGCGACAUGUUUCAAAGAGCUGCGGAGUUGUACCAACGAGCGCUAUCGGUGAAUCCAGAGCUGGGUGAUAUUUGGGCUACUUUGGGCCACUGUUACUUGAUGCUGGACGAUCUGCAACGCGCAUACGCUGCAUACCAACAAGCGUUGUACCAUUUGAGCAAUCCAAACGUGCCGAAACUUUGGCAUGGAAUCGGCAUCCUGUACGACCGUUACGGAUCUUUGGAUUACGCCGAAGAGGCAUUUGCCAAGGUCCUCGAACUGGAUCCACAAUUUGAAAAGGCCAACGAAAUUUAUUUCCGAUUGGGUAUCAUUUAUAAACAUCAGGGGAAGUGGAACCAGGCUUUGGAGUGCUUCCGAUAUAUUCUCACACAACCACCGGCACCACUUCAAGAAUGGGACGUGUGGUUUCAACUCGGGAGCGUUCUAGAGAGUAUGAGCGAAUGGCAAGGCGCUCGUGAAGCUUAUGAGCAUGUUCUUCUGCAAAACGAAAGACAUGCUAAAGUAUUGCAACAAUUGGGAUGUUUGUACGGGAUGCAAAACGUUCAAUUCUACGAUACUCAAACCGCAUUAAAUCUUUUGUUAAAAUCUUUGGAGGCUGAUUCUACCGAUGCCACUACUUGGUAUCAUUUGGGUCGUAUCCAUAUGGUCAGAAAUGAUUACACCGCUGCGUAUGAUGCAUUCCAGCACGCAGUGAAUCGUGAUUCUAGAAACCCAAUUUUUUGGUGUUCUAUUGGUGUCUUGUAUUACCAAAUUUCUCAGUAUCGGGACGCUUUAGACGCUUACACAAGGGCUAUCAGACUUAAUCCAUACAUUAGUGAAGUUUGGUAUGACUUGGGUACCCUUUACGAAACCUGUAACAACCAACUAACAGAUGCGCUUGAUGCUUAUAAACAAGCGGCAAGGCUGGAUACAAACAAUGUUCAUAUCCGAGAAAGAUUGGAGGCGCUCACAGAGCAAUUGGCGAAUCAAUCUAAUGGUAACGCAAUGCCUCCUCAACCAAAAGCACCAACGGUUACAAAUCCACCACCUGUUAUGCUUCAACCAACUUUACAGUCAACGGACGAUGGUAACCCUCUGAACAAAUCCUCAGUGUACGUCCAACCUCAAUUGCCAGGGCAAAUGCAAACUACAUUACCAGCGCAUCUACAACCUCAUGUUCAAGCUCAAUUACAGUCACAAUCUAUUUCGCAACCACAACUAGCUUCACAGCAGCAGCAGCAGCAGCAACAACAACAGCCUCUGCUGAUCCAGUCACACCCACAGGUGCAACUGCAACAACAAUAUCAGCCUAUUCAGCAAAGUUCGGCUGCUGCGCCGGUUCCUGGUUCUGCUGGAAACUCAUUGAGACCUUUCAGCGAAGUCCAAGGUACUGGUAGUCCCUCUAGUAGAGUUACCUCUAACUCAUUGCCACAGAUUAUGAACCCAACUCCUCAAAAUGUUGAUGUAAAAAGUACACUACCGCAAAAAAGAUCUAUGGAGGGAGGAAUGGACACGCUCGUUAAUGCCGCAGUGUCUAACGCUGCUACACCUUCGGCAGAAAAUCCUCCCGUACUUGCAAGUCCUAAGUCAUCAGUCACAGCUGAAGGUACAUCUCAGAAAAAGCACAAGCGCAACGCAUCCAUUUCGAAGCUUCAAGAAACGCAAUCUCCUCAAUCGGUUUCAAAAAACGAGCCUUCGGUGGAUGCUUCCGUGAAGCAAGAUACGGCAGAUGCUAAACCAUUACAAACGCCAUCAACUGAACUAGUAACCCCCACGCCACAGCCGGAAACAACGAGCGUGCCAACGCCAGUUCCAUCUGAGGCUGAUCCUAUAGCAAGUUCGGAUAGCAAGCUGCCUACGAUAAACAGACAAGAUGAAGAACAAACACAGCACUCUAUUUUAAAUACAGAGCAGUCAGAAGCAGCACAACCAGAGCCAGUGCAACCUUCAGAGCCAGCGCAACCUUCGAAGGAAAUGGAACUUUCAGAGUCAGCACAACCAGAGCCUGCGCAACCUUCAGAGCCAGUGCAACCUUCAGAGCCAGUGCAACCUCCAGAGCCAGUGCAACCUCCCGAGCCAGUGCAACCUUCCGAGCCAGCACAACCAGAGCCAGCACAAUCAGAGCCAGCACAACCAGAGCCAGCACAACCAGAGCCAGCACUACCAUCAGAGUCUGCACCUUCCGCGCAACUUGCGGAGACUGCAGAGACAACACAGCAAAAAGAUCAAAGGGAACAUGAACAACUCAUAGAGCCUGCGGCUCCUGUGGAACCUGAAACUCCCGCAGGAAGCGUAUCUUCUCUGCCCAAGGAAAAUCAAACUGUAAUUGAAGCUAGCGCAGACGCUAUAGAAAGGCUCCGCGAAGAAGCCGAGUUACGGAAGGAAGAAGAGCAGGAAGCGAUAGAAAAUGAGCCUACGUCUACUCAGAACGGUGACGUCAAUCCACCCGUAAAUGAACGGGCUGUGCGAGAUGUUGAAGAGGACGAGAAUUAUGAUGAUUGA